AUGCGGCUGCUGCUCAUCCAACGCUUUGCCGGUGCCUUCGUCACGGUGUCGGCAACGCUGAACGAGGGCACCCUUCGCGCCUACACCGCCGACCGCCGCGCCAGCGCCGACCACUUCCCGUGGCUUGCGAGGGUGAGCCCGGCGCUCUGCCUCUCGUCGGAAGUGACGGGUGCUGGCGCGAGUCGCGCCAAAUACUGGAGACUGCGGCGCGGCGACGCGAAUGGCGCGAAUCUGCGGCGACGCCUCUUGCAGUCCGGCCAGGUGCAGCACUACGAGGGCGAGAAAGGCGCGGAGCGGAAGGUGCGCAUGGAGACUGCCAACGGCAACGUGCUGCACUACGAGGGCGAGCGGGGUGCGGAGCGGCUGGUGCGCACGGUGUUUACCAGCGGCAACGUGCAUUACUACGAGGGCGAGAAAGGCGCGGAGCGGAAGGUGCGCGCGGUGUUUACCAACGGCCAGGUGCAGCACUACGAGGGCGAGCGAGGCGCGGAGCGGCUGGUGCGCACGGAGUUCGCCGACGGCGAGGUGCAGUACUACGAGGGCGAGAAAGGCGCGGAGCGGAAGGUGCGCGCGGUGUUUACCAACGGCCAGGUGCAGGACUACGAGGGCGAGAAAGGUGCGGAGCGGCUGGUGGGCACGGAGUUCGCCGACGGCGAGGUGCAGUACUACGAGGGCGAGAAAGGUGCGGAGCGGUGUGUGCGCGUAGUGCCAGGCGCGAGCGAGGACAAGGCGGCCGCGGAGAAGCGGUACCAGGCCAUGCGAGUCGCAGAGCUGAGGAGCGAGUGCGAGCGCCUCGGCUUGGCCACCACCGGCGUCAAAGCAGCGCUCGUGGCGCGCCUCCUGGCGGCCUGA